CCAAGCCUCCUGCCACUCACCGAGAAAAGAAAUCGAAGAUCGAAGAAGAUGUCGGGAAGAGGAAAAGGUGGUAAAGGUCUGGGAAAGGGAGGCGCGAAGCGCCAUCGCAAGGUCCUCCGCGAUAACAUUCAGGGGAUCACAAAACCGGCGAUUCGCCGCCUCGCUCGCCGGGGAGGAGUGAAGCGCAUAAGCGGAUUGAUCUACGAGGAGACCCGCGGCGUGCUUAAGAUCUUUCUGGAGAACGUUAUACGUGAUGCUGUGACUUACACGGAGCACGCUCGUCGGAAGACUGUUACGGCGAUGGAUGUCGUCUAUGCUCUGAAGCGCCAAGGCCGCACUCUCUAUGGGUUUGGCGGUUAGGUUUUGUAGGGAAGGUGUGAGGUGUCUUACCCGCUUUUCUGUAAAUUAGGGUUUUAAUUUUGAUGUGUUUGGUGGGGGAUUGGGUUUGGGGGUGAUUGAAAAUCUUUGGAUGGUGGAUAUUUUAUGGUGUAGAACAUUAAUGGUUAUCUAUCGGAACUUUCUGUCCUGAAGUUGCUUAUUACUCUAAUUGAUAGAUUUCUUCGCUGUUA